CUACCGGGCGGUGCUGGCACCCCCACCCACGAACCCCACUUCCUCCUCCCCCCGGUCCCGGCGACCCGGCCCCAGCUAUAUCCGUCGGACAGAGACGAAGCAGAGCAGGCGAAGCAAGCGGAAAGCCACGACCGCCGCGAAAGCGAAAGGCCGAUGAGGAGGAGGAGAUGACACGAGACCACUAGAGUAAAGCGAAGCCGCGGGAGUCUAGAGAGAGACGCACACAGAGGGAGGGCGCGUGCGCGUGGGGGAAGAGGAUGGCGAGGCACGGCGGCGAGAUCACGGCGGCUUUCCCAGGCGGCGGCGGCGGCGGCAUUGCCGGGGCGUCGACGGGCGCGACGCCGCCGCCGGCGAGCCCGUACCAGGUGGCUGAAAUUGAAGAGCAGAUUUAUUCCCCAUUUGGCAACAUUGAGGUCCCAGAUAGUCGUGGUUGCUGCAGUGGUUUCACAGGCAGUGUGACAAAAGUGCUGUUCAUCCUACAUCUACUUGCUUUCAUUUCCCUUACAGUCUUCCUAGGCGUCCAGGCCUCUUCCCACCAGAACCCUGCCUACAAGCCCUUCUCCAACUUCAUCCCUCUGGUAUCCUCUGUCAUAGUAUCCACAAUUGCUGCCUGCUUCUGGGUUAUCCUUGCUGUCGCAAACCCUCCAAAAGCCAUCAAGACCUCUCUCUGGGCUGCCCCUGUUUUUGCAGUCGCUUGCGAUGUGGUCAUACUCCUUGUUGCUAAUGGUACUGCACUUGGUAUUGGAGCGCUUGUAGUUGCAUUUGCCAUUGCAGCAGGACUAUACAGUUGUUGGGCCACUGGUCCACGUCUUCGGCAUGCCUCUGAGCUGCUUUCCGCUUCUGUCAUUGGAGCACACUUGCCGCCUACUACUUCUUGCCUUGUUGUCUUUGUCCUUCUUGCAACCUUUGGCUAUAUGGCUUUCUGGACAGUUGCCAUCAGCUGCAUUGCCGCUGCAGAAGGGCACUUCAUGAACUACCAGAUGGCUUAUGUGGCAGCACUUCUGGUGAGCAUGGCAUGGACCAUGCAGAUAUUGCGCUACAUUGUCUAUGUGGCAGUGGCAAAACUAGCACAUGGACGGCUCGUCUAUGGGAUCCGCAUGCCAGGUGGUGCUGUGGAAGUAUUCUGUGGCACGAUAUUCGGACCAGCCUUUGGGGACAUAUGCAUGGGUGCAGUGGCUGUCCCGGUGAACUCAGCUGUGCGGGGAUUGGCUCGAGCAAUGAAAACGGCAACCAGGGGCAAUGACGAGUUCAUUUUCUCAGGACGGGGCUGCUGCUUUGCUGUAUCAGAAAAAAUGCUGGGACGUGCUAACCGCUGGGGCUUUGUGCAUGUGGGGGCGCGGGGGAAGGCAUUCUGUGUGGCUUCGCGGGAUGUCUGGUCCCUUUUUGUUCUCCGUGGGAUAGCAGAUCUUGUCGAUUCAGACCUCACUGGUUCGUUCUGCUUCCUUUCCUCCGUGACAACAGGCGCAUUGGCCUCACUGAUUGCUGGCUCAUGGGCACUAGCCGGCAUGUAUAAAGAUCAGAAGAAGUUGGCUCUGCCCGUAGCCAUCUAUGCAUUCCUAAUCGGUUAUUACAUGACUUUUCUACUAUGGAGGGAUUCAGGGUUACAUGAAAAUGAGUGCCGGAUGAUGAUCGCGUGGCCACAGGCGUGUGUGGCAGCUUACCAUGUCGCAUAUGCAGAGAACCCACAGAACACUCAGCUGGGCACGCUGAUACCAGAACAUCUGCGCGAGCUCCAAGCGCUAACUGCAGACCGUGAUCGUCCUAGAGCUGUCGAUUCUUCUGAUGACAUUGAUGAUUCAUAGUUUCUCCCAUUCUUUCAGUCAAUUUCUUUCCAGAUCCCUGGAGCUUAGACUCUUGGACACCACCUAGGCUGCAGACAGUUUCUGAUGGUUCAGGGCAGCUGCAGAUGGUAGUGUAGUGUGUGCUUGACAUAGGAUUUCUGCUCGUACUUAUUUCUGUAGAUAUUACUGGGCAAGUGGAUAUAACUGAAAAAAGUGGUUAGAUGAUCUGAGACACUAGCACAUAGAUGUACAGAGAGUUUAGCACAGCGAACAGACAUGCAGAAUGGAAUACAUUGUUUUAGUUUGUUUUC